CCGAGCAACAGCUCAACUUUGUGCGGCUUCACCCUUCUUCAUCCCCGGACGCUCUUCUUGCCCUUCUCCCGACAUUUGUGCUCUCUCGCGGACGGGGAGAAGCCUGCCUCCACCGGGAAGUCACGCCGGUGUUUGUAGAGACUUUUUGUGAGCGCGGAGAGCACCUUCUCCGUGGGCCGUUUUGAAGGCGAAGAGACGCAAACAACCUGGCGGAGGAAGAGGGCGUUCUAAGUUAAAAGUCACCAUGGAGGUUCCCGGUAUGCAGAGCUCUCAGAUUAAUCCAGAAGAUUUAUUCAACAAAUUGGACCGCAUUGGUAAAGGCUCCUUUGGAGAGGUGUUCAAAGGCAUCGACAAUCGCACACAAAGCGUGGUGGCCAUCAAGAUAAUCGACCUGGAGGAGGCAGAGGAUGAAAUUGAGGACAUCCAGCAGGAGAUCACAGUGCUGAGCCAGUGUGACAGUCCUUACAUCACCAAGUACUAUGGCUCUUACCUCAAGGGCAGCAAACUGUGGAUCAUCAUGGAGUACCUUGGUGGAGGUUCUGCACUUGACUUGCUGCGUGCAGGUCCCUUUGAAGAGUCCCAGAUCGCCACGCUGCUGAAGGAGAUCCUAAAGGGUCUGGACUACCUCCACUCGGAGAAGAAGAUCCACAGAGACAUCAAAGCCGCCAAUGUGCUCUUGUCGGAGCAUGGCCAGGUGAAGCUGGCCGACUUCGGGGUGGCCGGUCAGCUGACCGACACGCAGAUCAAGCGGGAUACCUUUGUGGGGACGCCCUUCUGGAUGGCGCCUGAAGUCAUCCAGCAGUCUGCAUACGACUUCAAGGCGGAUAUCUGGUCGCUGGGCAUCACCGCCAUUGAGCUCGCCAAGGGGGAACCGCCCCACUGUGAAAUGCAUCCAAUGCGGGUCCUCUUCCUCAUCCCCAAGUCUCCGCCCCCCACGCUGACGGGCGACUUUUCCAAGAGCUUCAAAGAGUUCACCGAGGCGUGCCUUAACAAAGACCCCAGCUUCCGUCCCACCGCCAAAGAGCUGCUGAAGCACAAGUUCAUUGUCAAACACUGCAAGAAGACGUCGUACCUCAGCGAGCUGAUCGACAGGUAUAGGCGGUGGCGAGAGCAGGGACACAAUGACAGCAGUUCUGACGACUCCGACAGUGAGUCCGGUGACAGAAAGGUUGAUUCUCCCGAGUGGAGCUUCACGACGAUCCGCAAAAAGAAGCCAGACAGACGGCGGCCAUUUAACGGACAGGAUCAGCUGAAUGUGUCCACCAGUCUGUCUACUGUCAUCUCGCCUGUCUUCACUGAGUUGAAGCAGCAGCACAAGGAGCACUCUGAGCAGCGAUUGGCCAUUGAGGAGCUGGAACACAACAUCCGAAUGGCCGAGGACGUGUGUCCGGGCAUCACAGACAGGAUGGUGACGCACAUCAUCGCCAGGUUCAACACCAACUGAGGGCAAACAGGAAGUGUACAGAAUGAAGAGAGACUCAGCAUGGAGACUUGCUGGGCAAUGUCUCAACACACACACACACACACACACACACACACACACACACACACACACAUGCACAUCAUUUACUUUACUGCUGCUGCAUGAAGAAGUAAGUUGGGAGUUGGUGACUUUUUACUAACUUGUGGAAUAUGUUCACCGCGUGCCUUUGGUGUCGUGCAGCAAUGCAGCUUUAUGUUAAAUACUUCUUCUGUAGCACUUGACAAAAACCACAUGCCAAUAAUAUUAUUUCUAUUGUCAUUGGGAGAUUUACACAAGGCGCCCGCAUUUGGUGUAAUGCUAAUAAUGAGUUAGCGCUAGCUGGCUAGCUUGAGCGCUGCAAGGUCCUUCGCUAAGCAGUCUUUUACGUUGCUAAGCAUAUAGUUUGCUAGCUUAUUGUUAGCUGCUGCUGUUAGCCAUACAGCUAGCUGGCACUGUGAAAGUGUUACUGACACUUUGAACCAAAGACACUAGCUGGUCAUUGUGUAUAUAUAUUUUUUACGUACAUAUCAUUAAGGGAUGUGAUAAUGCUUACGCAGUGGGAACAUUAAGAUUUUAGAGAAAUGUUUUCUUUUUUGUAGCGGGACAUAGAGUUUUAUGAAUAAAUAUUUAA